AUGGAAAAUCUGCCUAUUAGCUUGAUUCCUCCUAUACUCAUUUAUCUCGAUACUGCCACAAUCUUCAGAGAUUUCGCCCGCAUAAACAAAUCAUUUCUUUCAGCAACUAAAUAUAUAGGGUUUUUACGUAGCUUAGUUCAACGAGAUUUUUAUAUAAGCACACCUCUUUAUCUCACAGAAAACUAUUGUAUCAAGCUUUUAUCUGAAGGAAUCAAUGGAUUUAAAUUAGAAUUACUAGAAAAUUUAUUCCUUUAUAUACUAAAUAUUUUAUUUUUAUCAACCAUUUUUAUAAAUUUUAUGCCAAUUUAUAUUAAAAAGCUAUAGACUUCAAAGGAUUUUCUACAGACGGAGGAGUAGACGAAGACAGCUUUUCUUUUUGAUUUGAAAACCUCUUUCAGCGCUCUCAAAAAGGAUACUGCUGCCACGAAAACAGAACCAACGUCAAUAUCGCUGCCGUUUUAGUUGAUUCUCAAAAGCAGCAUAUCGAAUAUUACCAAUCAAAAAAAGAAGCAAUAAAAAUAAUCAAAGAAUGGCUGCACAAAAAAGGCAAAGACGUGCCCAAUAAAUACGAAGACGCAGCAUUUGCCGUAUUUAAAUACGUUUUUACAAAUUUCCCAUUAGAAGCCUUAGCAACUAAUGAAGACUGUACAUUUAAAGACAGAGUCAGAGAAAUUUAUUAUAAUUUAGAAAUGAAAAAUAAAGAUGUGGAAAAAACAAGAAGGCAUCCAAAUAAUCCAUUUAUUUUAGAUAUCCCUAUAGAUCGACAAGGAGGUGAUAAUGAAAAUUUUGUUUCCUGUAUAAAGGGGCUCGAUAUUUCUAGAGAAGGGGGUUAUACUUGUCCUGUCAAAACCAUGAUGAUUUUUGUAAGCGAAAAAUACAUUGAUGUUACUGAUACGUGUCUGAGCGUUUUUGAUAAUUUAUUUGAUGAAAAUAGCGUAAAAGGUUUGGUAGAGCAAGAUUGAAGGCUAAAAACUUAUGAAAAAUGCCAAUAUGAAGGGUAUGAAAUUAUUGAAUUUAUGCAGCUGAGUCAAGGACUUAAGCCAGUUAUAUGGGUGAAUUUUUUAGAAAGUCCUAGAGUUGAUAGCAUUGAAGUAGAGCUGCAAGGGAAGUUUUCAGGAAAUUAUUUGUAUGUUAAACUUAUUUGUCCGGAAGAUAGAAGAGAGGAAAGAGAUUGGCUGCAUGAUAAUAUGAAUAUAGACAGCACGUGGGUACUUCCAAAAGGAAAAAUAAUUUCUUAUAAUGAUAAUUUAAGCUUAGUAGUUUAA